ACCAAAUACUGGACCUGCAAGAACCUUUUCUAUAAACAUUUAACAUCAACAUUCUUGGACUUGGCAUCAAUAAUAUCAAAGGAGAUGGGUGAGAUGUCCCCACAUUUACAUCAACCCUUUUGAAAAACCAUGGGGGAAAGCGACCGAGCCAGAUGCUACCGGUGUUUGUGUUCCAAACAGCAUACUGCUUGCCAAUAAAUCAUUCAGAUCCUUUCUCCCGGUCUGUUCGCAAGCACUCCUCAAAAUAGUGAAACCAAAUUAAAAUUUCUUAUCUAAGUGGAACAAUAAUAAAACGGGUGUAUUUUUAAAAAAACUUUUAAAAAGAGGACACACAAAUUCUUGGAGCCUCUUUGCUGUGUCUCUUCCCCCGCCCCCAGCCCCUCCUGCCUAGCGCGGAAUGGGUUUUGAUUGAAAUUAUAGUUUAGCCUGUGUUCCCUUGAGUGAGGGAAAAUAGCCUCCAAAGAGAAGCUAGCUCCAAUUGGUGACUCUCUUCCCCUUUCCCGUCCCCUAAUUGAAACCAAAUGUGAAAUAUGCUGGAAUUGUGGGACUUCUGGCUAGGUCCCAAGAAUCCUCAGAAUGCUAAAUCGCUUGCAAAAGCAUCUUGCAUCAGCCUGCCGAAGUUUAUUUCCAGCCUGGCUUCUCCAUCUAGGGCGAAAAAGUGGAAUCUGUCCGUUUUCCAUUAACAUUGUGGAUUAAACUUGAAAACUCCUGCUGCCUUCCCUUCAGAAUUCAUCUUACCAUCCAGGUGCAAGGCUGUGAGAAGGUUUGAAAAUGCUUACUCCUCCCCAGACAAUGAUCGCUACACUGCUGCUGCUGCUUUUGGAUACUUUAAGUAGCGUGAAAGCUCAGGUGAAUCCAGCUGUCUGCCGCUACCCACUAGGCAUGUCAGGUGGGCACAUUCCUGACGAGGACAUUUCUGCUUCCAGUCAGUGGUCCGAAUCCACCGCAGCCAAGUACGGACGGCUGGGUUCAGAAGAUGGGGAUGGUGCUUGGUGCCCUGAGAUCCCUGUAGAACCAGAUGACCUCAAAGAGUUCCUAGAGAUCGAUUUACAUGCUUUGCACUUCAUCACCCUGGUAGGAACCCAGGGUCGCCAUGCAGGAGGUCACGGCAAUGAGUUUGCUCCAAUGUACAAGAUUAAUUACAGCCGGGAUGGCACCCGCUGGAUCACUUGGCGGAACAGACAUGGGAAGCAGGUGAUUGAUGGAAACACGAACCCAUAUGACAUUGUCCUGAAAGAUCUAGAGCCACCAAUCAUUGGUCGAUUCAUUCGCUUUAUCCCUGUGACUGAUCACUCCACAAAUGUCUGCCUCAGGGUGGAGCUCUACGGCUGUGUCUGGCUGGAUGGGCUGGUGUCAUACAGCGCUCCACCAGGGCAACAGCUGGUUCUGCCUGGUGGCACCAUUGUUUACCUGAACGAUUCAAUCUAUGAUGGUCACAGCAUGACAGAAGGACUAGGUCAGUUGACAGAUGGGGUUUCUGGCCUGGAUGAUUUCAGUCAAACACAUGAAUACCAUGUAUGGCCUGGUUAUGACUAUAUUGGCUGGAGCAAUGAGAGCACCAUCAAUGGAUAUGUGGAGAUCAUCUUUGAAUUUGACCGAAUCAGGAACUUCACCACAAUGAAGGUUCAUUGCAACAACAUGUUUGCCAAGGGGGUGAAGAUUUUCAAGGAAGUGCAAUGCCAGUUCCGUUCUGAUGCAAAUGAGUGGGAGCCCAAUGGCAUCUCCUCGGUGCUGGUGUUAGAUGAUGUGAACCCCAGUGCCCGAUUUGUCACAGUACCCCUUCUCCAUUACAUGGCCAGUGCUAUCAAAUGCCAGUUCUACUUUGCUGACAGCUGGAUGAUGUUCAGUGAGAUCACCUUCCAAUCAGAUGCAGCCAUGUACAACAAUUCAGGAGCACUUCCUGAGUCUUUUGUAACGCCGACUACUUACGAUCCCACCCUCAAAGUCGAUGACAGCAACACUCGCAUCUUGAUCGGCUGCCUUGUGGCCAUUAUCUUUAUCCUGGUGGCCAUUAUUGUCAUCAUUCUUUGGAGACAAUUUUGGCAGAAGAUGUUAGAAAAGGCAUCUCGGCGGAUGUUGGAUGAUGAAAUGACGGUCAGCCUCUCACUACCCAGUGAGUCUAGUAUGUUCAACCACAACCGCUCCACAUCGUCUAGUGAGAGAGAAUCCAACUGCACCUAUGACCGCAUCUUUCCCCUAGGUCCAGACUACCAGGAGCCAACCCGACUGAUCCGCAAGCUGCCAGAGUUCGCCCUAGCAGAAGAAGAGGCAGGUUGCAGCAGUGGGGUCACCAAGCCAACCCAGCCAACUGGAGCUGAAGGAGUCCCUCAUUAUGCGGAAGCAGACAUUGUGAACCUGCAGGGGGUAACAGGCAGCAACACCUAUUCUGUCCCUGCCAUCACCAUGGACUUGCUGUCUGGGAAAGAUGUCGCUGUAGCUGAGUUUCCUAGGAAGCUGCUGACUUUCAAGGAGAAGCUGGGAGAAGGCCAGUUUGGGGAGGUCCACCUAUGUGAAGUGGAGAACAUGGAGAAGUUUGUGAACAAAGAGUCUGUUCUGGAUGGUAACCCAAGCCAGCCUGUCCUACUGGCUGUGAAAAUGCUGCGAGCUGAUGCCAACAAAAAUGCCAGGAAUGACUUUCUCAAAGAGAUUAAGAUUAUGUCCAGGUUGAAGGACCCCAACAUCAUACGGCUGCUGGCUGUCUGCAUCACAGAUGACCCUCUCUGCAUGAUCACAGAGUACAUGGAAAAUGGUGACCUCAAUCAGUUUCUCUCUCGCCAGGAACUCCAUGACUUGUCAGACAGCAAUACUCCUCCUAUCAGCUAUGACAAUUUGAAAUUAAUAGCCACGCAGAUCGCUUCUGGCAUGAAGUAUCUGUCUUCCCUGAAUUUUGUCCACCGAGACCUAGCCACACGCAACUGCCUGGUGGGAAAGAAUUACACGAUCAAGAUAGCCGACUUUGGCAUGAGCCGGAAUCUGUACAGUGGAGACUACUACAGAAUCCAAGGCCGAGCCGUGCUCCCCAUUCGCUGGAUGUCAUGGGAGAGCAUCCUCUUGGGGAAAUUCACCACAGCAAGUGAUGUGUGGGCAUUUGGUGUGACACUCUGGGAGACCUUCACAUUCUGCCAUGAGCAGCCAUACUGUCAGCUGUCAGAUGAACAAGUAAUUGAGAACACUGGAGAGUUCUUCAGAGAUCAGGGAAGGCAGAUCUAUCUUUCACAGCCUACAUUUUGUCCUGAUUCUCUAUAUAAGCUAAUGCUCAGCUGCUGGAGACGAGACACCAAAGAACGUCCUUCCUUCCAGGAAAUCCAUUGCCUCCUGCAAGAAGUGACCACUUCAUAGUGAUACCUUUCCUUCAGAUUCCACAGCACCCUGCCCCAUUCCUCCUCUCCCCACCUGCUCUCUAAAACCAGUAUGUAGAACUGAAGCCACUUUCCCUGGACACAUGUUUUCCUGCAAUAGUGGAGCUGGGACUUAAAGGAGCACCAGUAGAAAUGAAAGAAGGUGGGAACUGACCAGGUGUGUCACAAAAGUGCAUUAAAUAUUGUGUUUAGUGUUCUAGACUAGCAACUCUUUUGUGUUCUGGACUAGCAAAGACAUAAAAAACCUCUGUUAUUUAUCAUGUAAAUCCUGUAGGAUUCUGUUUAAGGAGUGGAUUUGGUCUGUCAGUGAGAAGAAGAGAAGAUGAAAUAUUCUUUUUCCCACAAAAUGGAACUGCAGAUGUAUCCAGGGCAUGGAAGUGAGUUGGAAAUAAGUACAUGCCACAGGAAUGUACUGAAGUACCUUGCACACCAAUACUGAAUAUCCAGAACUGUGUAUAUGUUGCAUUUAUAUAUAGGUGCAGAAUGUAGUACUUGACACAGAAUUAGAUUCUUUGAAGUCUCAGCUUUCAUUGGA